AGUUGGGUGGAAACUAAGGGGUCUUACGGUUUGGUCUGUUUCUGGGUGUCGCCUGAUGUCAACAGUCCGACAAAUAGGUUUAAGUUCCAUGUCUUCUCCAAUUGCUAAGCCUAACCAUGAUUGUAAGUAUGAACCAUUGAUGGGUGGUACCUCACUGAUGCAGUGGGAUGAAUAUGGAUAUAGACUUUAUGCUAUUGAGGCUGGGUCUUCAGAGAGAAUUCUAUCGUUCUCAUUUGGGAAAUGCUGUCUUAGCAGAGGUGUUUCAGGCACUACAUACAUCCGGCAAGUGAUUUAUGGGGAAGACCGUUUACUCAUUGUGCAGUCAGAAGAGACUGAUGAACUAAAAAUGCUACAUCUUAAGCUUCCAGUUUCUUAUAUUUCCCAAAACUGGCCUGUUCAACAUGUGGCAGCUAGCCAGGAUGGGAUGUACUUAGCUGUUGCUGGUCUUCAUGGUUUGAUAUUAUAUGAUAUACGAAUGAAGAGAUGGAGAGUAUUUGGAGAUGUUACACAGGAGCAAAAGAUUCAGUGUAAAGGUUUGUUAUGGCUGGGGAAGAUUGUUGUUGUCUGCAACUAUGUUGAUUCAUCCAACACGUAUGAAUUGCUCUUUUACCCUAGAUAUCACCUUGAUCAAAGUUCAUUACUCUGUCGAAAACCAUUGUUUGCUAAACCAAUGGUGAUGGAUGUAUACCAAGAUUAUAUGCUGCUUACAUAUAGACCGUUUGAUGUCCACAUAUUCCAUGUGAAAUUAUUCGGUGAAUUAACUCCUUCAGGAAAUCCAGAUUUACAGUACGAGAACUUUCAAUUAUGACUGCCAAGAGUCAUCCUGCAGCAAUGCGAUUCAUACCUGACCAACUACCAAGAGAAUCUAUUUCAAACAAUUACGUUUCAUCAGAUUCAUUAACAAGAGAACCAGCAAGGUAAUCUCCUUGUGAACAUCUUUACUCACUUUCUCUAAUUUGUGUUGCCAUUUCUCUAAUUGGAAUGUUUCAAAAUACCAUUAUCAGUGAAUCAUAAUGCAUUACAACUAAGUAUCCCAUGUAAUGGAUUGUCAUACCAAUUUAGAUAUAUUCAUACACACACAUGUACGCACAUAUGUAUGUAUAUAUGUAUGAUUGUCUAAACUACAAUAAGAUUCAAGUUCCUAGCUUGCUGAGUGGAAAUUAGGAUUGAUAUCUCUCCUUAACUUGGUUGUUUUUGUUGCUGUUCUCAAAGCCAAUAGUUUUUUUUCCUCUCCUAUUAGUAAUUCAUCUUGAAGAAAUUUGUUUUCCUUAUAGUGUUUGUGCCAAGA